AUGCUAGGACAAAUUUGCAGGGUAACAGCACGUACCGGUGGGGCCGCGAAGGCGCACUGGGCAGGCGCAGCGCGUGCAAGGCAGUUCCACAGCAGCUGGCGGCGGCUACAGGAGAUACGGGACCCGUACGAGACUCUGGGCGUGGCCAAAGACGCCAGUGCAUCGCAGAUCAAGAAGGCGUACUACAAGCUGGCGAAGCAGUUCCAUCCGGAUAUCAACAAGGAUGAGGGCGCGGAGAAAAAGUUCCACGAUCUGCAGAACGCCUACGAGAUACUGUCGGACGAGAACAAGCGGCGGCAGUACGACCAGUUCGGCGCGGCCGCGUUUAGCCAGGGCGGCGCGGGCGCGGGCGGCGCGGGCGGCUUCCAGGGGGGCUUUGGCGGCUUCAGCGGCUUCGGGGAUUUUGGCGAGUUCGGGGGGCUGAACUUCGAGGACCUGUUCGGCGCGGCAUUCCGCGGCGGGGCGCGGGGCGCGGGGCGGCAGGGCGGAGCGCAGUUUGUGCGCGAGUUUAAGGGUGACUCGAUACAGGUGCCAUUCAAGCUAUCAUUCCGCGACGCGGUGUUUGGCCUGAAGGACGUGCCGCUGCGGUACGCCGUCUACGACCAGUGCGGCACAUGCUCAGGCUCGGGGCUGAAGGCGGGCGCGCAGCGGUCGGUGUGCGGCGGGUGCCACGGCACGGGCACGCAGGUGCACGUGCGCGCGGGCUUCCAGAUGGCAUCCACGUGCUCACAGUGCAGCGGCGAAGGUUACAGCAUCCGCCGCGGAGAUCGGUGUGGCACAUGCAGCGGCGAGGGAGUCGUGUUCAACCGCAACAAGGAGGUGAAGAUGGAUUUUCCGCACGGCCUACAGGAUGGGGACGUGGUGAAGGUGCCGGGCCAGGGUUCAUUCCCGCACAUCCAGGUUGAUCCGAAGACGGCCCAUACCAUGCGUCUCCGCAGAGGCGACCUGCUCGUGCAGGUGCAGGUCGAGCGUGACCCACGUUUCCAGAUAAAGAACAACUACGACAUCUGGUACGUCCAGGAAAUACCCAUUACGACAGCUGCUCUGGGCGGGACAGUCAGUAUUCCAACUGUCGAUGGCGAUCAGAUCCGCCUGAAGGUGAUUCCCGGCACACAGCCGGACCAGGUCGUGUCUAUCCCCAACAAGGGUGUGCCCCGGGGGCUCUCUGGCGCGCGUGGUGACAUGAAGGUCCAGUACCGCAUCGUAAUGAAGAAGCCACAGUCCAAGGCCGAGAAGUUCUUAUGGGAGGCUCUUGCAGACGUGACUGGGGACAAGACUGCGCGCAGGACAGAGAACAUCGAUGCGGCAAUGGCAGGGACGGCAGCCCCAGGCGUCGCGUCCAGCCCAGAUGAGCCCAGCACACUCCGCAAACUGGAAAAGUUCAUCUCCAACGCCUUCAAGACCAUCCGCGGUGACCAGCACUAA